UCAUGGUUUUCCAGCUUAUGUUGGUUGCUGUCGUGGCUUUUCUGUUGGGGUUUGUUUCCUCGUACGGUUUCAGACGGAAGAAAAAGGACAGAGCUUUAGUAAAGGAUCGGAAUGUGAAUGGUUGGAGGAGCUCUGAAAAUGGAAUGUGUCUGCAGAAAGACAUAGGUGCAGGUGUGGAUGUUAUCAUUGUGGGUGCUGGUGUUGCUGGUUCGGCACUAGCUUACACUCUCGGGAAGGAUGGGCGCCGAGUGCAUGUGAUUGAAAGAGACUUGACCAAGCCAGAUAGAAUCGUUGGUGAACUGCUACAACCUGGGGCUUAUCUGAGACUAAUUGAGUUGGGUCUUGAGGAUUGUGUCAACAAAAUUGAUGCUCAGAAAAUCUUCGGAUAUGUUCUUUACAAGGAUGGGAUAAGGACCAAGCUGCCAUAUCCUUCGGAAAAUUUCAAUCCAGAUGUGGUUGGGGUAAGCUUUCACCAUGGGCGUUUCAUUCAAAGAAUGCGUGAUAAAGCUUCAUCUCUUCCAAGUGUAGAGUUGGAACAAGGAACGGUUACAUCUCUGCUUGAAGAAAAGGGUACUAUCAAAGGGGUGAAGUUUAGACGCAAAGGUAGUCAAGAGUUCACUGCGCAUGCACCCCUCACAAUUGUAUGUGAUGGUUGCUGUUCAAACUUGCGACGUUAUCUGUGCAAUCCUAAGGUUGAUAUUCCUUCUUGUUUUGUUGGUUUGAUUCUUGAGGAUUGCCAGCUUCCAUAUGCAAAUCAUGCACAUGUAAUUUUGGGGGAUCCAUCACUCGUAUCAUUUUAUCCCAUCGGCAGCAGGGAGAUUCGCUGCUUGGUUGAUGUACCAGGCCAGCAAGUACCUUCUAUUUCUAGUGGUGAAAUGGCUCACUACUUGAAAACAAAGGUGGCACCCCAGGUUCUUCCCGAACUGUACACUGCUUUUUUGGUUGCCAUUGAUAAGGGAAACAUAAAAACAAUGCCCACCAGGAGCAUGCCUGCUACUGCUUCUCACACCCCAGGUGCUCUCCUAAUGGGGGAUGCAGUCAACAUGCGGCAUCCUAUAACUGGGGGAGGCAUGGUUGUGGCUCUAUCGGACGUUGUUGUUCUAAGGAAUCUUCUCAGACCCCUGCGCAAUCUGAAUGAUGUUCCUGCCCUAUUUAAAUACCUCGAAUCCUUCUAUACGCUACGUAAGCCAGCGGCUUUUACCAUAAACACAUUGGCAGGUGCCGCGUACAAGGUGUUAUGUGCAUCCCCUGAUCCAGCAAGAAAGGAAUUGCGCCAAGCAUGCUUCGAUUAUUUUUGCCUUGGACGCGUCUUUUCAAAUGGAGCUCUCGCUGCUUUCUCCGGUCUAAACUAUUGCCCCUGGAGCUUGGUUAUCCAGUUCUUUGUCGUGGGUAUUUAUGCUGUUGGACGCUUGCUAAUUCCGUUUCCUUCACCAAAACGUAUAUGGAUUGCAGCCAGACUAAUCUUGGAAGCUUUAAGAAUCAUUCUGCCCAUAAUCAACACUGAAGGAGUAAGACAAAUGUUCUUCCCUGCACGCAGAUUUCCUUCGGUAUAAACAAGAUACUCAGAAAACCGAAAACAAAGAAUGUCGUAGGCUCGUAGCACACUUUCUCAAUAAUUACAGAUUCUUCCAUGUAACAAUUUCAAAUCCUGGAUUCUUCCAUGUAACUAUUGCUACAUGCUCUCUUCACUUCAUGCAGUAUACUCACUUUGUAUUACAUAAUUGCAAGGACUGCUAGGUCAGGACUAACGUGAGUGAUUCUUGACCAUAAAUACAAGUGAGUCUUGCAUGCAUCAAUAGUUAGGAAUCAGUCAUUAUUGUAUCACUUACACGCCCUUAUCGUAUCAUUGUCCAAUUGCAAUUAUAUUCAAAUAAAAUAAACAAAUUUCAUACUGA